CGUUUCUACGGAGUCAAAUUUUUAGCGACGGACCGGUUUGGUUGAUGAACACUCAAAUGUUUACACGUGAGGUUAGUGCAGGGCUUCAGUUUUUGGAUCCAGGUGUUUAAAGUCAAAUGCAGCUGUUCAGAUAAGAAGGCUUGUAUUUGGAAGUGUUCACAAACUUUUAAUCGGUUCUGUUAAUAACAAUUUUAGGCUAACGAUAAAGUUAGCUUGUUAGCUGUCGAUGUUUAGCAAACAGUGUUUCAGACUUUUUUGGUCUUUCUCAUUAUAACCGGUGGCUUUGGGUUCAUAGCUUUUUAUUUACUGACCUACAGACUUAAGUUUAAAAUGGGAAAACUAAGGAAAAAACACAACUGGAAGGGGCGACAGCAAAGUGACCCUCAGCCAUCUGCAGAUGAAGAGAAGACAGAAGUUGUUGUGGAACUCAAAGAUGGGUCCAUACUGAAAGGUGUAGAUGAGAGCAACGCCUUGGUCCUCCCAUCCAGCAAAUCCAAGAAGAAUAAAUCCUCGCUGCCUCCGAUCUCCAAGAAGAAGCCCCUCACCAAGAAGCAGAAGAAGGAGCUGCAGAAGGUUCUGGAGCGCAAGGAGAAGAAAGCUCAGAGAGCAGAGAUCCUGGCCAAAUUGGCUGAGGUGCAGCUUCCAGAAUCCGAACUGAAGCUGUUGUACACCACUUCCAAACUGGGAACAGGAGAAAAGCUCUACCAGGCUAAACGGUCAGCAGAUGAAGUAAAAGAUGAAGACUCUGGCCCAAAGAUCAGCAGCGUCAGCGGAGCAAACAGGAAGAGAAAAUGGGAGGAAGAAGAUGAUGAUGAUGAUAAUGAAGAAGAACAAAAGGCAGAAGAGAGCAGUGAUGUGGACACAUCAUCUGAUGAGGAUGAAGAUGAGCAGGAGGAUGAAGUUAAUAACACCACAGAUAUGAGUGAAUGUAAGGAAACCAGCUCUGUCUGUCAGGAGACCAAACACGAAGUGAAGGUGGAGCAAGAUGGAGAGAAAGAGAAGAAGAUUUCAGAUCAUGAGAAAGUUCAGAAGAAGCCGUCUGAACCAGCUAUUUUCAUUCCUGUUGAUAGAUCACCAGAAGUACAGGAGGCUCGUCUAAAGCUGCCCGUUCUGGCAGAGGAGCAGGUCAUCAUGGAGGCCGUGAGAGAAAAUCCCAGUAUCGUCAUCUGUGGAGAGACGGGGAGUGGAAAAACCACUCAGGUGCCUCAGUUUCUGUAUGAAGCCGGCUAUGCCAGUGGCGGGAGGAUGAUCGGCAUCACAGAGCCGAGGAGAGUAGCAGCAGUGAGCAUGUCCCACAGAGUGGCCAAAGAGAUGAACCUGCCCACACAGGUCGUGUCGUACCAGAUUCGAUACGAAGGGAACGUGACAAGCGACACGAAGAUAAAGUUCAUGACAGACGGUGUUCUGCUGAAGGAGAUUCAGAAGGAUUUUCUGCUCCAGAAAUACAGCGCAAUCAUCAUCGACGAAGCACACGAAAGGAGCGUCUACACCGACAUCCUCAUCGGAUUAUUGUCUCGUAUCGUCCCCCUCAGGAACAAGAAAGGUAUGCCUAUGAAGCUCCUGAUCAUGUCCGCUACUUUGCGGGUUGAAGACUUCACAGAAAACCAGCGGCUGUUUCGGACGCCUCCGCCCGUCAUCAAGGUGGAUGCUCGUCAGUUCCCGGUAACUAUCCACUUCAACAAACGCACCCCGCUGGAGGAUUACACUGGAGAGGCUUUUCACAAGACCUGCAAAAUCCACCGGAUGCUGCCUCCAGGUGGUAUCCUGGUGUUUCUGACUGGUCAGGCUGAAGUUCACAGUCUCUGCAGAAGACUGAGGAAAGCUUUCCCCUUCAGGAAGGGUAACACAGCUACAGCUGAAGAUGAGGAAGCCGAAACCUCAGAGGCAAUGAGGAAGUUCAAAAAGGCUAAACAGAAGAAGACUGUUUCUCUACCCCGAAUCGACUUGGAUAACUACUCUGCCCUGCCAGUGGAUGAAGGUGAUGAGGACAGAGAGGCGGGGAUCGGAGACGAGGAUGGAGACUCCGAUCUUGACCUUGGAGAUGAUCCUGCUGAUGGAGAGGAAAAGGCGGACGCGUCCAUCCCGCUCUACGUCCUCCCACUCUACUCUCUGCUGGCCCCAGAGCAGCAGGCUAAGGUGUUCAGGCCUCCUCCUCCCGGCACCCGUCUUUGCAUCAUCGCCACCAACGUGGCAGAGACGUCUUUGACCAUUCCCGGGAUCAAGUACGUGGUGGACUGCGGUCGAGUUAAGAAGCGUUUCUACGACAAAGUGACAGGAGUGUCGUCCUUUAAAGUCACAUGGACCUCACAGGCUUCAGCCAAUCAGAGGGCUGGCAGAGCUGGACGAACUGAGCCAGGACACUGCUACCGGUUGUACUCCUCUGCAGUGUUUGGAGACUUCACUUUGUUCUCAGAGGCGGAGAUCACUCGCAGGCCUGUGGAGGACCUGGUUUUACAGAUGAAAGAUCUCAACAUAGAAAAAGUGGUCAAUUUUCCUUUUCCCACACCUCCCUCUACUGAGGCUCUAGUUGCAGCAGAGCAGUUAUUAGUGUCGCUGGGAGCUCUGGAAGAGCCGCCGUGUACUGGAAGGUUGAAAGACAUGCAGCGAGCGAAGCUGAGCUGUCCCAUCACCCCUCUGGGCAGAGCGAUGGCGUCGUUCCCCGUGGCGCCGCGGUACGCUAAAAUGUUAGCGCUCGGGAAGCAGCAGGAUUGUCUGCCAUACGUCAUCGCUGUGGUAGCAGCCAUGACAGUUCGGGAAAUUUUUGAAGACCUCGACAGACCUGCUCGUAGUGAAGAUGAGAGCUCCAAGCUCAACCAACGUCGAGCUCGGCUGACCCAAAUGAGGAGGUUGUGGGCUGGGCAAGGAGCCUCACUCCUGCUGGGGGACCUCAUGAUUAUGCUGGGUGCUGUUGGUGCUUGUGAAUUUGCUGGCUGUACUCCCAGGUUUUGUGAGAACAGUGGGCUGAGGUAUAAAGCUAUGGUGGAGAUCAGAAAGCUCAGAGGACAACUUACCAAUGCAGUGAACGCUGUGUGUCCAGAGGUGGGAGUCUUUGUGGAUCCCAAGAUGACUCCACCAACAGAGCACCAGGUGGUUUGCUUGCGGCAGAUUGUUCUGGCAGGUCUCGGAGACCAUCUUGCGAGGCGUGCCCAGGGAGAGGAUUUGGUGGACCCGAAAUGGAAGAAUGCAUACAAGACACCUCUUAUGGAUGAGCCAGUGUUUAUUCAUCCAAAUUCUGCGUUGUUCAAAACGCUGCCAGAGUUUGUGGUCUACCAGGAGAUCAUGGAGACCAGCAAGAUGUACAUGAGAGGUGUUUCAGCUGUAGAAGCAGAGUGGGUCCCACAGUUUCUCCCGCAGUACUGUCACUUUGGCUCUCCGCUAGAAUCACCGUCCCCGUGGUUCUGUUCUUCUGGCGGCACCGUCAGAUGCCACCGUUCAAGCACCUUCUUCCGUGUGGGUUGGCAGUUGCCUGCAGUGGAAAUGGAGUAUCCAGAGGGCCUGGAGCGCUACAAGCUGUUUGCCAAGUUUCUUCUGGAGGGACAGGUUUGUCCUGCACUAAAGAAACACAGCAGUCACCUGCUCUCAAACCCCUCCAUCAUGGUGAAAACAUGGGCAAAGUUGCAACCCAGGACAGAGGCUUUCCUGGGACCACUGGUGUCAAAGAAAGUUGACUGCAGAGAGGCACUCCACUCUGUCUGGAAGACUGAAGAGAAAUUUUUGCUUCCUGCAUACUGCCAGUGGUUACCUGAAUCUAUGCACCAGGAAGUAGCUAAAAGUUGGCCUCCUCUAUAAAAGCCUGCGUCUAAACAACCGAGACAAUGCAACAGACUCUUGACCGGAGACAUCACAUGGAGCUACAUUUUGGCAGAGCCUAAAUCUUUUGACUGUGGUGUCUGUUUUUUUUAUGGUUAAUCAAAGGGUGUUUACAAUAUCACAACACUGCCUUUCAUUAGUACUAGUUUUAUAUUUUAUUUACUGUACCACUUGUAAAGAAGAUAUACAGGCACAGUUGAAAUGUCUUUUAACUUGUAAUCAGUGUGCUGCUGUUGUUUAUGUAUGUCUGAUUUGGUCUUCAUAAGACUUAUAAACACUGUGACUGUGAGAAAGGCUGGCAUUUGACCUUUUUUCAUGCUUAUUAAUACGUGUGCUUGAAGGUUAAAGGUCAACUGAACCACUUUUGCACUGUAUGGCAUUUUAUUUGUCAUGAGGAUUAUUACCAGCUUAUGAAGAAAAUAAGACAUGAUGUCAGCUUGGGCUAUAACUCUAGGAUGGAGUCAGAUUCAACAAACUGUUAAAGCAAGUGGAUGUUUACUGGGUGGGAGUGGUUGAGAAUGAAAGCUCUGAAUAAGCUGUGUUAAAUAACUUGAUAAAAGAGCACUACCAGGGGCGGAUCUAGAAGGGUGGCGUGGGGUGGCAUGUGCCACCCUAAAAUGUUCCCUUGCCACCUUAAGUGCCACCCUAGUUUUGUAUAUGACAGUGUUGUUUAUUAAAAUAAGACAACAUUAACACUUUGAGCCUAGCUACAGUUAACCCUGAAUAUAAAUUCUAAAACUGAAUAUAUUGCAUAGUGUUACCCUCCUCCCACCCACCAUUAACAAAUGGUUCAGCCCAAAGUGCAGACCGGCUUUUUUCUUGUUGUCAGUAGGAAGCGAUGCCUAUGACUGUGCCAGAGCACAUUUUAAAUCAAAACAAUGGGCAUUUCAGAUUUUACAC